GGCAACGUGUAAUUUAUGACUGGCCGCAGGUUCUUUUCUAGUGUUUCCACAUUUCCUGCAGUAAAAACGUGUUUAAGACUGAAAUACCAGGACUCUGAAGGUGAUGUAAAAAGGAAUUUGAAAUCCAUGUUUUUCGGCGACGGGAAGACGGGGAAGCGAGGGUGGUGACGGUCCGCCAUCAAAACCUGGCAACAUACAACAGUUUUUCAUCAGACUAGAUGGAUCUGAAGAUAUUUGGGAGCAAAGCCUCUCUUCAGAACUGCCUCCCAGAAACACCACGAAGUGGAUUCAAAACCAGCACAAAGCAAUAUAACAAGAAACCACGAUGUUACUCUGCUUGCCAAAAGUAUCCAGGAGAGAACUGUCGACCAGAAUGUGUCCCAACUUUGGAUCUUCGCUAUCUUCAAGAACCAGAAACAAAAUCAAAAGUCUCUAUCGAUUGCUAUGACCUAAAUCUUGACAAUCUCUCAACAUCUUCUUCUUCCAACAGAUGCCUUGAUAAUUUCACUGUGAGAUCUAAUCCACAUAAACACAAUUCCAGUGUUUCCUCUGGUCAUGUUGAUGUUCCGACCCUUGAUAUCCAGGAUUCAGCACGUGAACCAAACACAAAAGCUAAGAAGAAUUCUGUUUGGGAUAAUGCUGUGAUCCCAGAGGAUUUACCUAAACCUUCUGAGAAAUAUAAAAACUUAUACAAUGAAUAUAAAGAAGAAAUGAAGUCUUCUUACUCCAAACAUAAAGCUUUAAGUCCUGUCAACAACCAUUGUCCAAGCAAUAAGAAUAUGGCAGAAAAGAAACAAUUUCCCAAUACUGGAAUGGAUGAUACUCUUGAGCAAUGUAUAAGUCAGUUGAAGUUUCUGUCUCAAAUGAAUUCUUCAAAACAGUCAAAUAUGGAAGAACUUGAAGAAUUAAAGAAAAAGGAAAAACUGAUUGAAACUGUAAUGGUAGACCAGUUAUCACGAAGUGUUAUUUGUGACCCAGAGCAAGAUGAACACUUAACUGAACCUCACAGUUAUGUUUCUCAUAAACCUAGAGGUGUUAACAGAUUUCUACAUGAGACCAGCAUAAAAACUCGGAGUACUUCAACUGAAAAUUUAUUGUCAAAGAGAGUGAAGUUUGGUGUGAGGCUUCUAACACAUAAUGACCAUGAUGCUUUGAGAGAAUUAAUGGGAUUCUUCUUUCAUGUUGACAACAGUCUCACUAUUUAUGAGUUCCGGCAAUUUGGUAAAAGUGCAAAGGCUCUACCUUUCAUUUUACGAGAUGUUUAUCCAUCCCCACUGGGUCUUGGUUCUCAUACCUCCACAAAAUUCUACUCAUUGUCGAACAUAUAUCCGGGUGCUGACUUAGUAAUAAGUGGUCAUAACCAGCCGUGUCUACCAGAAACUUUAAAGAAACAGCCUAUAGUUUUCUUCCGUGUCACUGAUGUUGAUGAGCAAGAAAAAUCUAAAAUUCUAUUGGCAAAUGUUCUGCCUUCAGAUCAAAAAGAUGUCUACACCAAGAUGCAUGUACCAAAAGAAAAAGAGGAGAGAGAAAAAUCAUUGCUGUUUGCUAAAGUACAACAAAUAGUUUGUGAUAAACUAAAAAGACGUGGUGUCCGGACUGUAACUGGUUUGGGUCAGCAUUAUGAAAAAUUGUGCCAAAAAUCAUCUGCUCCUCAACACUUUUUAGUGAAGUCUGAUCUGGAAGAAGGACUUAAAGUUUUCCAUAUUGAACUUCCUCAAACUAGUUUGAACCAGUUGUUUAGCUAUUUGGAUGCCAAAGGAAGUGGGUUUGUUGAUUACAGUCUAUACAUGAGGACAGUCAUUGGGGAAAUGAAUGAAUAUCGCAAAAGUUUUGUGCGGAAGGCUUAUCGCAAGAUGAGAGGAGCUACUAAAGAUUGUAUCAAUGUUAGCGAAUUGAAGAAAUUUUACAGAGCUGGCAGCCAAAAUAAUGUAUUUUCUGGUGGAGAACUGUAUGAUGCACUACAAUUAAUGCUUAGUGUGUUGAACAAAAGCUCAAAAGAAACCGAAGUGAUUCGAUAUAUUGAAUGGGAACAGUAUUAUGAAGGCUUAAGUAUUGGAAUCGAAUCAGAUGUUGAUUUCCUCAGAAUUCUAAAGAACCUGUGGAGUGUCUAAAGAAAAAUCUUUUACAAUAGAGUAAAAUAUUCUUUACUGAAGAGUUCUAAUAAGACUAAAAUAAGUUCAUUGCUUUCACCAGUUAACUUUAAAGACCAGAUCCACUCAUCUUCAUUUUACAAAAAUCUCAAUUAACUGCUUUUAUUGGAAUUAUCUCCCUUUAUUUAGAUUUUAAACAAAUAACCUCUCGAGGGAGUGUUUGUCUACUAAUACAACAAUAAUCUCAGCUAAUCAAAGUUGUGCCCUUCAAUAUAUUCUAUAUGUGAGGCCCUACUUUAUGUCUAUGGAAUAUGCAAAGAAGUACUUUCCCAGACUUCUGUCAGACUUACUACAACUCCAGUUGCUAUGACUACUAUGGCAGCAUCAAUAUAUUUAAAUGACAUCAAAUUGACUCAGUUUGAAAGAAAAAACAAAAUAUUUCUGUAAUUAUUUGACAUCACCAUAUGUUCAACUACUGUUGCUAUCAAAUUGUUAUUUUGUGAGGUCGCCAAUCUUUAAUUAUAUUUUGUAUUUAUGUCCUGAACAAAUCUUGAUGGUGACAUAUCUGGCCAUUAUUUUGUGUAAUUAUGAUUCUGGCUUCAAUCCUGCACAGUGGUCUCUUCUGAUCUAGGUUCAAGUUGACUAUUUGUUAAGUAGAAACUGUGAGGAAGCCUAUUGUAUGUGUAUCAUUGCCAUUAUCAUUGUUUUUAUGUCCUUUUCUUACCCUGUACAGGCAUAGAUUAAGAUGAUACUUUCUGAGGUAGUUUUUCUAUAACCUGAUGUUCAUGUCACCAAUCCUUACCUAUACUAAUUCUCACGUGAAACUGAUAAACUAUGAAAAUGUUAAUGCCACUAUUUUUGCUCAAACAUUAACGAAGACACACAGAAUCAAGAUGUGCAUAUACACACACAGUUUCAGUCUACCAGCCGCUCUCACAAAGCUAAGAUCAGUCCAAAAAGAAGAAGUCAACUGUUGUAUUAUGACCAUUCAAUGUGAUAGCAAUAUAAUUAUAUGCCUUUCUUUUCCCCACACAUCAAGCCUCUUGAUGUGAAGUGAGUUUCAUUUUACUAGCAAGAUAAGACCAAAGUGAAACUGUGCUCAUAAACUAUACUCUUUUACUUGUUUCAGUCAUUUGACUGCAGCCAUGCUGGAGCACCACCUUUAGUCGAGCAAAUCAACCCCGGGACUUAUUCUUUGUAAGCCUAGUACUUAUUCUAUCGGUCUCUUUUGC